CGAACCUCACACGGAUAUCGAUGGCCUAAUCCGCCAGCCAAACAACUGCACCUCAGCUCCCGGUUUGUUGGCCGCGACCAAUCCGAGAAGGGGUUUUCGCUUUCCCAGCGGCCGCUGAGGAUCGCCCUCAGCACAGCAGGCCAAAGUCCAGCAAGCAGAACAAAGACCGUCCCUCGACCGCAGACACCCAGUCCACCGCCGGCCGAUCUUUGGAUAGCAGCAGAUCGGGAAAGAAGCCAAAGCCAGAGAAGAAGUCCGCCGCUCAAUUGUCUUCAAGGUCUUGGGUAACUGCAUUCACGCGCGAGAGGAAACCUUCCCUGCCGGCGUCCGAUACAUCGUCUCUCGCUCCUCGUUCAGCUUCAAUCUCGACAUUCGGAUCAUCGCCUCACGAUUCAUUCGAUCUCUCGAUAUCGCUUUCAUCCGCCAAGUCGAAAUCCUCCUCACGGCCGAAACACGUGCCUAUCGUCAUUCCCAGCGAGUACUCCUACGUUCCUUCGGAAUCUGAGCCCAGUUCCGGAUCCUUCACCUUCUCGACACCGAGUAGCGUUUCACCAACAUCAUCGCACGCACCGACACUACCAUCUGUCGAGGCGUGCCCUCCUAGCACCCGUACAGCACCGAGGCAUGUGCCCAUAGAGAUCACAUAUCGUCCAGAUUGGGCUGUUCCGAGCCAGAAAGACCGCGAUAGCCCAUCGCCACGAGAGCCGCUACUGGAAUUUCCUGCGCUCGAGCUAGCGCCCAUUUCGCCUUUCACCAUGUCUGCCACGCCCGAGUCAAGUCGAGCGAACACCAUGGACUCCAAUGCCUCUCGGCCAACGUCGGGUCAGCUGUAUCCCCCUAGUCAAAAUGGUUCGCGCUCAAAUAUCAGUGCGCACAGCAGCCAAGUCAGCCUGGUUGGCAUGCGGUCAGAAUACGAGUCUGCUUCAGAGGCCGAGUCGACACAGGGUGACGAUGGUCCUGGGCAACAUACACCUUCACAGUCUGUCAGCUCUGCAAAUCCCCAAACUGCACCAGCGUCGUCAAGUUCUGCCGGGCUGUCUGGAUUGGUAUGCAACGUGCAUCGUACAACUGGUCGCGAACCACUUCCCCUUGUCGGUGCGACCACUACUGUGCUAGGGGACAAGCUCUACGUCUUUGGCGGCAGGCGGCUCUCACGCACGAAACCGCAGUUGACCGCAAAUCUGUAUGAACUCGAUCUCAUUCGCCGGCACUGGACGAAGCUGGAAACAAUAGGUGACAUUCCACCACCGCGAUACUUUCACAGCGUCUGCGCGCUUGGCGACACAAAGCUGGUGUGCUACGGCGGCAUGUCUCCAGCACCUCCGCCAGAGGCAGCAUCUGAUGCGCAACCUGAAGUUAUCGUUAUGUCCGAUAUUCACAUCUACGACGUGCCAAGUCAGAAGUGGACGAAGGUCAACACACCGGAUGCCCCGCAAGGUCGAUACGCCCAUUGUGCCUCAAUAUUACCAUCAUCAGCAGUAUUCGCAUCUCGCGACGCGCCCAUGUCUGCAAUUCAUCACAAUCCGGAGGGAGAAAAUCCAAACGAGGGAACCCUCGGCGUCGAUCUAGAUGGGACGGGCGGCGCAGAGAUGAUCGUGGUCGGUGGACAAGACUCCGCAAACCACUACAUUGAGCAAAUUAGCGUCUUCAAUUUGCGAAGUCUGAAAUGGACGGGCACAACAGGCAUGGGACGUAGCUGCGGUGCGUACCGCAGCGUUGUCACGCCAUUGACCACGAUGAGUGCAACACAAAUCGGUGCCGGACCUCACGCUCAAGCUGACAUGGAUGAGGAUGAUGAGGAACCGACUACGAUUGGCUCUGGUUCACCGAUGCUGAUAUACUCCAACUACAACUUCCUGGAUGUGAAACUGGAACUGCAAGUACGACUUACGGACGGGACUCUCAUAGAGAAGCCCAUGCAGACAGUCGUUUCACCACCUGGUCUUCGCUUUCCAAACGGCGGCAUCAUCGACAACCACUUCGUCGUGUCUGGUACUUUCCUGACUUCGUCGAAGCAGGAAUACGCGCUUUGGGCUCUCGAUCUGCGCACACUGACAUGGAGUCGCAUCGAUGUUGGUGGCAGCAUUUUCAGCCAAGGAAGCUGGAACCGUGGUGUCCUUUGGUCACGACGCAACGCGUUCGUGAUCCUGGGCAACCGCAAGCGAAGCCUGGUCGAUGAUUACAACAAUCGUCGCAUCAACUUUUCAAACAUCUGCGUAGUCGAGUUGGAAGCCUUUGGGUUAUACGAGAACCCGCGGGUCGCAGAACCCACCUCUGCGUACGUAUCUGCUAGCGCAAUCCCAAGCGUGUUGCCGCAGCGCGUGCCACAGUCCAAGGAUGAUGCCGCUUUCGGUCGUCUGCUCUCAGCGGCUGCAGAAGACAUUGGGCAGCUAGCGCUGGGUGUGCGGGAGCUUGCAGAUAUGGACUUCCUCGCUAUUGAUGGAACGCGGGUGCCCGUCAAUUCGCGACUGAUCUCUCGGAGAUGGGGUCCGCACUUCAUCACGCUUCUUCGAGAGUCAUUGAUGACGGCUGAAAAUGGCGCUGAUACCGCCACACUGCGCGCAACCGCUGCAGGACACCCUUCUCGGAACUCCAGCAUCACCAUCACACCUUCACUGAGCUCUGCCACCUCGGGCGCGACGACUCUAACCAAUAACUCCAAUCUCACGGAUACGAGUCUACCAGACACGCGUAAUGCCCCAGCAACAUCGCGGCCACGUCUGCUGUACCUACCGCAUACGGCACCAACACUGCAUGCAUUGUUACACUACCUCUACACUUCGACGCUACCCUCGCCGCCACAUCCACUGGCUACGCCGCAAAUUUUCUGCUCGCUCCUGCAACUUGCACGACCAUACAAGAUCGACGGCUUGCAAGAAGCCACGAUCGAGCGCCUGCAUCAAUGUCUUGACGGCCGCAAUGCUGCAGCGAUCUUCAACGCUGCGGCCAUGGGUGCAGGGGGUGGUGACAGUGUCCAUUUCGCCGCAAAUGCUCGCUCAAUUCAUCAAAGUGAUAUUCCUGUCCGAACGGCCAGUCUUGCUGGCCUGGAAGGUCUGCUGAAUGGCGAUCAGACUGCCAACCCUCGAUCGCUGUCAAGCUUGCGCAUUGACACAGACAUGGCCAACGGUCGCAGCGUUCGCAACACGCUCAGACCCGGCCCACGUGCCGCUGAGGACACGGACGAGGAACCCAUGAGUGCAUCAUCAACCGCGAGCAUGAGUGAGAGCGAGUAUUCUACUCGUAGCAACAAGGACGUUCAAGACGUAUGGAACGGCGCCCUGAGCUCUGUCGUCGGUUUGCAGAAGCGCGGUCUGCGAGGACUGAUGGAAGGCCGCCGCAUGCGCGAGAAAGGCCGAGAUGGAUUUGGCGAAGGUCGUGUGGGACUAGGAAUUGCGGCCAACUAGAGCUGUGUCUACGUGAUGACGAUGGAAAUGUCGCUGAAAAUGGCUGUUCGGGAAUGACUUUGCUGGUGUUGCUGCUGUUAGAGAUGCCAAUAACUUCACAUGGCGCCGUAGCUCGGUUUUCGCACGUGUACAAGGCGUGCUGCAAGAUAUCCUAAAUAGCGUUAUGAUUCGCAGAGAUUCUGCUUCAAUACCCA